AUGGAUGCUAUUCUCAUUGCAAAUGAGAGUGUAAAUGCUAGAAUAAAGAGCAAAGAACUCGGUAUCAUGUGCAAGCUGGACAUAGAAAAGGCAUAUGAUCACCUUAACUGGAAGUUUUUGUUGGGAAUACUUUUGAAGAUGGGCUUUGAUGAAAGAUGGAUUAGCCGGAUCAAAUUCUGCAUUAAUACUGUCAAAUUUUCUAUCUUAGUCAAUGGUUCACCUGUUGGUUCCUUUUCCUCUCAGAGAGGCUUGAGACAGAGAGACGCAAUUUCCCCUUUCCUAUUUAUUCUGGCUAUGGAAGGUUUACACAAUCUGUUUAAAACUGCCAAAGCAAAUAAUAGGAUCAGGGGUUUCAGGGUAAACUCUAGAGAGUCAACCAAAUUGGAAAUCACCCAUUUACAAUAUGCAGAUGAUACUUUGGUGUUUUGUGAUGCUAGCAGAGAACAAUUGCUCUUUCUGAGAAUGGUAUUCAUUCUUUUUGAAGCUAUAUCUGGACUACACAUUAACUGGAACAAGAGUUUCAUUUAUCCGGUUAAUGAAGUAAUGGAGAUGCAUAGUUUGGCUAGAAUACUGGGAGGGAAGAUAGGAGCCCUACCAAUACACUGGGAAUGCCACUUGGAGCAAAAAGCUAAUCAAAAGGAAUAUGGAAUGGAGUAA